CUACAACUACUACUUCUGCUACCAGCACCACACCAACAACUAUAACUACUACUUCUGCUACCAGCACCACACCAAAAACUACAACUACGCCUCCUGCUACCAGCACCAAAACAAGUACUACUACUAGCACAACAGAGCCUGAAGUUCAGUGUCCUAUGGCAUGCACAUUUGACCAUGACUUCUGUCACUGGAAGCAGUCAAAGCAAGAUAAUACGGACUGGAUAUCUAUUAAAGGUCCUACACCAUCUGAAGGCACAGGACCCACUUCUGAUCAUACAGGAGAUGGCUUUUAUAUCUAUGUUGAUGGAAGAUAUUCAGAAGAAGGACAAUUUGCUAGAUUAGAAAGUCCUGAGUGUGAACUAGUUAAGAAUCACUGCUUCAACUUCUGGUACCACAUGUAUGGAACAGCAAAGUACAUGGAGCUGAGGGUCUAUGUGGUAACAGAUGAAGGUUUGGAAAAUAUCGUAUACAUUGAGGGUGAUCAAGGAGACAUGUGGCAUUAUACUGAAGUACUCUUGCUAAAUAGGGGUAACAUUCAGAUCUUCAUAGAUGGAGUAAUAGGUGAAACUAUUCUCAGUGAUGUUGCUGUUGAUGAUAUCACUAUAUACCCAGGAUACUGCAGUGGUCCACCAACCACAAGCACCACAAGAUCUCCAUCAGGCGGAACUACAGCUACACCAACCACAUUCAGCACCACUUUAACUACCUCCAGUACAAUUUCUACAAUAACCCCAUCCACAACCAGCCCCAUAUCAACUACUUCCCAGACACCAGGAUCAACAUUAACUAGUACAUUGCCCCCAUCUAUAAGUAAAACAACAAGUACUACUACCCAGACACCAGGUUCACCAGUUACCACUACAUUGUCACCAUCUACAAUUAUAAAAACAAGUACUACUACCCAGACACCAGGUUCACCAGUGACCACUACAUUGCCACCAUCUACAAGUACCACCACAAGUACUACUACCAAGACACCAGGUUCACCAGUGACCACUACAUUGCCCCCUUCUACAAGUACAACCACAAGUACUACUACACAGACACAAGGUUCAACAUUAACCAGUACAUUGUCACCAUCUACAAAUAAACCAACAAGCACUACUACCAAGACACCAGGUUCACCAGUGACCACUACAUUGCCACCAUCUACAAGUACCACCACAAGUACUACUACCCAGACACCAGGUUCACCAGUGACCACUACAUUGCCACCAUCUACAAGUACAACCACAAGUACUACUACCAAGACACCAGGUUCACCAGUGACCACUACAUUGCCACCAUCUACAAGUACAACCACAAGUACUACUACACAGACACCAGGUUCAACAUUAACCAGUACAUGGUCACCAUCUACAAGUACCACCACCAGUACUACUACCAAGACACCAGGUUCACCAGUGACCACUACAUUGCCACCAUCUACAAGUACAACCACAAGUACUACUACCCAGACACCAGGUUCACCAGUUACCACUACAUUGUCACCAUCUACAAGUAAAACAACAAGUACUACUACCAAGACACCAGGUUCACCAGUGACCACUACAUUGCUACCAUCUACAAGUACAACCACAAGUACUACUUCACAGACACCAGGUUCAACAUUAACCAGUACAUGGUCACCAUCUACAAGUACCACCACAAGUACUACUACCAAGACACCAGGUUCACCAGUGACCACUACAUUGCCACCAUCUACAAGUACAACCACAAGUACUACUACACAGACACCAGGUUCAACAGUAUCCAGCACAGUGCCCCCAUCUGCGGGAAUUAACACUGUUUCAGCCACAACACUUGGAGUUACCUCUGAAGAUACCACUACAACUACCCUAUCUCCAACUUCCGACAAGACUAUUUCUACACUAAGCACGUCAACCUCCACAUCUUUGAAGCCUACAACUACCUCUACUUCUGAAACAGCUUUUUUAACUUCAGGGCAAAUAGCUAGUUCAACUACAUCUGAUUUUACUAAGAAGACUACAAUUCCUGCAUUAGAGAGUACAUCUGGAAAACCAAUUGUCACCACUGCAGGCCCUACAGCCUUUUCUACUACUUCAGUUGCAACAUCAGUAACAAAAACACAGACUGCUCCAACCAGUUUUACAUCUGAAACUUCAACAAAGUCCACCUCUCCUAUCAUUUCGAGUCCAGCUGCCACUAGAAGUACACAGAAGACAACUACAUUACAAUCUAUAACUGAUUUAACAUCAGCAAUGAUUACUGCUACUACUUCAGCUUCUGGAAAGACAACCACUUCAGAUUCAACUUCAACAUCUGGUUCUACAUCACAAGCAACCACUACCACUUUGUCUUCUACUACUUCAGAGCCUAUAGUUUCUUCUUCUUCUUUAAUCACUAAAACAAUCCCUACAGUUGAUUCCACACUGGAAAUCACAACUGUUACUUCUUCGGGCACUACAGGUAAAACCUCAUUAGGAGCCACAGGCUUCACAACAACAAUAACUGCAUCCAAGCCUAUACCUGAGAUCACAACUGCAUCAAGUACUACUGGUGUCACCACUUCCUCAUCCACUCUUGUUACUUCCUCGGAAACAACAUCUACUGCAAUCUCUGAGUCUUUGAAGUCUACAUCUGAGUCUAUUUCUAAAACAACUGCUACAACUUCAGAAACAACAUCUGCCUUAACGUCAAAGAGUGCAAGUACUACUACAAGCAGUACAAGUGGCACUACAUCUAAGGCAUCAAUUGUAACCACGACUGCUGCAUCUGAAACAUCAACAAAGACUGGAUCUCCCAUAAUUUCAAGUUCAACACACACUACAAGUUCCGGCAUUACGACUACAUUAAGUUCUGCAUCUGACUUAACAACAGGGACUCCAAGAACCACACAUUCUGCCGCACCAACCUUAUCAACUUCUACCGUUGCUUCAGAAAUCGUAACAUCUUCUAGAACAACACAUACAUAUCCAGAAACGUCAGACAGACCCAACAUACAACACAAGAUGAGUGACUCACCACAGUUACCACCAUCAGAUUGGCAAACAAUUAUUAACUCAGCGGUAGCCGCCUCCGUGGAGAAAGCUAUUGGCAGACUGCUCAUGCAGAACCCAAAACCCGAUACAGCUACUGAUCUACCCACGGAAGUAAUGGAAGAUGUCCUCCCCGGAGACCUCCACGCCAUAAAACGGCAACGGAAGGGCACCGUAUCGGACACCCAGAGACAAAGAGGCAAAGCUCCAGUGAAAAAGAGCCGCCAGGCAGCGAGGAGAGAACCUUCCCCUCCAUACUCUCCGUCCUCAGAGGACGACGAUCGCAGUCCCCCUCCAUCGCUCGACAUCAUGGACGAAUGGAAGGCGGGGGCUUCACACUCGGAAGAUGAAGACUGGCUAGAUGUCCAAGGAGAAGACAGGGAAUGCGAUCAAGACACAUACCUUGAUCAAGAAGAGGGCACCUUCAUAGACCCCCAGGGGACGGCCAUGUUCGACCCCCGCACGAUCCGACACCCAAGAUCGACAGAAUGGGGGUUGCCAGAUCACCUGGCUCAGUUCAUCCACUUCUGGCUGAGGAAGCCAAUGGACAAGGAAGUCAGGGCAAGGCUUCGGGCAGAAUGCCCAAGACCAACUCUACCAGACAAAAUCGCAGUGACCCCAGAAUUCGAUUCUACUGUAUCCCUGUUCAUGUCCCGCGCGGGCCGAGACCCGCGGAAAGGGAUAGAAAAAGGCCUUAGGGAAUCCCAAGACAAGCUCCUUGACAUCCUGGGUCCUCUAGCGAAAAUGCUAUACCUGGCUGACCUAGCCCUUUCCCAAGGCACUACACUGGAUGCCCACACUAUACGCGAAUGGGCACAACGGGCUAUUUGUAUGCUGGGCAACACCAAUGCAGCAAUGUGCGCAGAACGCCGCAGAACUGCAUUAUUGAAAAUGGACCCGAAACUGAUGGAGCUGGGCAAGAAAGAGAUGGGACCGCUAGCGAACGGUCAGCUAUUUGGUGACUCAUUCAUAACUGAGCUCAAGAAACAUGUGAGCAUCUUCACCACUCUGAAUAAGGCUCAGACCUCCAUCAAACAAGUAUUUCGUAACACCGCACCACGCAGGGGAGUUUUUGCCAGGGCUGGUCGCCAAAGGGGCCGAGCCACCAGCCGAUUCUGGCCUACAGGCCCCAGACACCAAUCAUCUCAAGCAUUCUUCCCAACCUCGAGAUCCAACUUCCAGCGAGGAUCCUUCCGUUCAAGAGGCACCCGCACCCGUGGACGCGGACGCUUCAAUGCAGGAAUGGGAAAAGAUAUCCUCGGACAGCUGGAUCCUCAAUACAGUAGCCGGUUACGAGAUCGAAUUCUCAGACACCCCGGUACAGGACCGACGCCCACCACCAAUAAGAGCGUCGGCCUUACACACCGAAAUCAUAGAUACGGAGAUCCAAACCCUGUUCGACAAGGGGGCGGUGGAACCCGCCCCAGACGAUACGGGUUUCUUCAGCAACAUCUUCGUAGUCCAAAAGAAAACCGGAGACUACAGACCGGUCAUCAACCUACGCUCAGCACCAUGGUGCUUUAUGAAACUAAUGAAGCCGGUAAUGGCUUACCUAAGAGAGAAGGGCAUCCGCUGCCUAAUAUACCUGGACGAUAUUUUGAUAUUCUGCGAAUCAGCACCCAGGCUUCAAUCUCAAACGAGAUCCAUAGUGCUCUUGCUAGAGUCUUUGGGUUUCAUCAUCAACAGAGAAAAAUCUUCACUCCAACCAGCCAAGGUGGUUCAAUUCCUGGGAUUCGAAAUAGAUUCGAGAACGUGUACUCUCCGCUGGCUUCCGGACCCUCAAAGCGAAGCAGUCGACGCAUUCCUCCAACAAUGGCCACAAACGGGAGCUUACGCGUUCCCACCGUUUUCAAUGUUGGCGAGAGUCCUCCACCACCUACGCAGAGCAAGGACUUCUCUAAUCUUGAUCACACCAUUGUGGAAGAGCCAAGCAUGGUUCCCGGACCUUCUAGCUCUGUCUCAAGACCAUCCGCUACUCCUACCAGUGUUCCCAUUCCUCCUAGUGAACCCGGACGGGGAACCUCAUCCGUUGAUUACACAAGACCGAUUGGAACUGGUGGUGUAACAGAAAAAUCCACAACCACACCAGAUACAUCAUCAACAACAACAUUGACUUACCCGACUUCAACACGUUCAACUACAACACAACAUUCCACAAUAACAACAUCACCUCCUGGCACAGGAAUUAACACUGUUUCAGCCACAACACUUGAUGUUACCUCUGAAGAUACCACUACUACUACUACUCUCUCUCCAACUUCCGACAAGACUAUUUCUACACUAAGCACGUCAACCUCCACGUCUUUGAAGCCUACAACUACCUCUACUUCUGAAACAGCUUCUUUAACUUCAGGGCUAGCAACUAGCUCAACUACAUCCGAUUUUACUAAGAAGACUACAAUUCCUGCAUUAGAGAGUACAUCUGGGAAAACAAUUGUCACCACUACAGGCCCUUCAGCUUUUUCAACUACUUUAGUUCCAACAUCAGUAUCAAAAACACAGGCUACUACAACUGAUUUUAUAUCUGAAACUUCAACAAAGACUACCUCUCCCAUCAUUUCGAGUCCAGCUGCCACUAGUAGUACAGAGAAGACAACUACAUUACAAUCUAUAACUGAUUUAACAUCAGCAAUGAUUACUGCUACUACUUCAGCUUCUGGAAAGACAACCCCUUCAGAUUCAACUUCAACAUCUGGUUCUACAUCACAAGCGACCACUACCACUACCACAUCUGCUACUACUUCAGAGCCUAUAGUUUCUUCUUCUUCAAUCACUAAAACAAUCCCUACAGUUGAUUCCACACUGGAAAUCUCUACUGUUACUUCUUCGGGCACUACAGGUAAAACCUCAUUAGGAGCCACAGGCUUCACAACAACAAUAACUACAUCCAAGCCUAUACCUGAGAUCACAACUGCAUCAAGUACUACUGGUGUCACCACUUCCUCAUCCACUCUUGAAUCUUCCUCUGAAACAACAUCUAGAGUAGGUACUACAAUCUCUGAGUCUUUGAAAUCCACACCUGGUUCUAUAUCUAAAACAACUGCUACAACUUCAGAAACAACAUCGGCCUUAACGUCAAAGACUGCAAGUACUACUACAAGCAGUACAAGUGGCACUACAUCUAAGGCAUCAAUUGUAACCACGAUUGCUGCAUCUGAAACAUCAACAAAGACUGGCUCUCCCAUAAUUUCAAGUUCAACACACACUACAAGUUCCGGCACUACGACUACAUUAAGUUCUGCAUCUGACUUAACAACAGGGACUCCAAGAACCACACAUUCUGCCGCACCAACCUUAUCAACUUCUACCGUUGCUUCAGAAAUCGUAACAUCUUCUAGAACAACACAUACAUAUCCAGAAACGUCAGGUUCAACUACAACACAACAUUCCACAAUAACAACAUCACCUCCUGGCACAGGAAUUAACACUGUUUCAGCCACAACACUUGAUGUUACCUCUGAAGAUACCACUACUACUACUCUCUCUCCAGCUUCCGACAAGACUAUUUCUACACUAAGCACGUCAACCUCCACGUCUUUGAAGUCUACAACUACCUCUACUUCUGAAACAGCUUCUUUAACUUCAGGGCUAGCAACUAGCUCAACUACAUCCGAUUUUACUAAGAAGACUACAAUUCCUGCAUUAGAGAGUACAUCUGGGAAAACAAGUGUCACCACUACAGGUCCUGCAACUUUUUCAACUACUUUAGUUCCAACAUCAGUAUCAAAAACACAGGUUACUACAACUGAUUUUAUAUCUGAAACUUCAACAAAGACUACCUCUCCCAUCAUUUCAAGUCCAGCUGCCACUAGUAGUACAGAGAAGACAACUACAUUACAAUCUACAACUGAUUUAACAUCAGCAAUGAUUACUACUCCUACUUCAGCUUCUGGAAAGACAACCACUUCAGAUUUAACUUCAACAUCUGGUUCUACAUCACAAGCGACCACUACCACUACCACAUCUGCUACUACUUCAGAGCCUAUAGUUUCUUCUUCUUCAAUCACUAAAACAAUCCCUACAGUUGAUUUCACACUGGAAAUCUCAACCGUUACUUCUUCGGGCACUACAGGCAAAACCUCAUUAGGAGCCACAGGCUUCACAACAACAAUAACUACAUCCAAGCCUAUACCUGAGAUCACAACUGCAUCAAGUACUACUGGUGUCACCACUUCCCCAUCCACUCUUGUAUCUUCCUCGGAAACAACAUCUACAGUAGGUACUACAAUCUCUGAGUCUUUGAAAUCCACACCUGGUUCUAUAUCUAAAACAACUGCUACAACUUCAGAAACAACAUCUGCCUUAACGUCAAAGACUGCAAGUACUACUACAAGCAGUACAAGUGGCACUACAUCUAAGGCAUCAAUUGUAACCACGACUGCUGCAUCUGAAACAUCAACAAAGACGGGAUCUCCCAUAAUUUCAAGUUCAACACACACUACAAGUUCCGGCACUACAACUACAUUAAGUUUUGCAACUGACUUAAUAACAGAAACAAUUACCGCAACCUCAUCAGGACAAACAAGUACCAUUACUCCAAGAACCACACAUUCUGCCACACCAACCCCAACAACUACCAUUUCUUCAGAAAUUGUAACCUCUUCUAGAACAACACAUACAUAUCCAGAAACACCAGGUUUGACAGAAAUAUCCACAACCACACCAGUUACAUCAUCUUCAACAACAUUGACUUACCCGACCUCAACACGUUCAACUACAACACAACAUUCCACAAUAACUUCAACAAUUUCGCCUCUUGGCCCAGGUUCCUGUGUAGUAGAAGGAGACCCUCACUACCACACAUUUGAUAAUCAGCUCCAUAAUUUUAUGGGAAUCUGUACUUACACUUUAUCUAAAGUGUGUGGAGAUGAUGGGCACCUUCCAAUCUUUAAUGUAGAAGCAGCUAAUGAAAACAAAGGCAAUCCUAAAGUAUCCUAUGUCAAGUAUGUAAAUGUGGAUGUUCAUGGAUACAGGAUCACACUGGAUAAAGGCAGACAAGUCACGGUGAAUGGAAAAAUAGUGGUUCUACCAACAGACUUGCCCCCAGAAAUCAAGAUCUUCUUAAGUGGGAACAAUGUUGUGGUGACAACUGGAUUUGGUCUAAAAGUGACAUUUGAUGGAAAUCAUAAGGUGGUUGUAACUAUACCAGGCAACUAUGCCAAUAAAGUAUGUGGACUUUGUGGAAAUUUCAAUGGAAACAAAAAUGAUGAUUUCAUAAACCCUGAGGGUGAAUUAGAGCCAAAUUCUACUAGCCUUGGCAACAGCUGGCAAGUUGAAAAUGACACAAGAUGUCUUCCAGCCACAGACCACAUGCCAGAAUGUACAGACGAGGACAAAAACACCAUUGCAAGCAAUAGCUUCUGUGGUUUGAUUACUGACAUUAUUGGACCUUUCAAGGACUGUCAUUCUGUCAUAAACCCAUUAGAAUUUUUCAAUACCUGUGUCUAUGACCUUUGCGAACUGAACAUGGAUCCAGAAAUUCUGUGUAGCAGUCUCCAGUCCUAUGCAGAUAUCUGUCAAUCCCAAGGUGUUACCAUACAACCUUGGAGGAAUGAGACUUUCUGUCCACCAACAUGCCCUUCUAACAGUCAUUAUGAGCAAUGUGGCACUGCUUGUCCAGCUACUUGUGUAAACCCAGGAUCAUCCUCCAAUUGUAAUCUUCCUUGUGCUGAAGGCUGUUUCUGUGACCCUGGAUAUGUUCUGUAUGAUAAGAAGUGUGUUCCAAGUGAUCAAUGCGGAUGUUGGGAUGGAGAUAAAUAUUAUCCUGUGGGUACAGAAUUCUGGUCUGAUGACACCUGUUCUUCAAAAUGCACAUGUCCAUCACCAGGAAGUGGCUUAGUGUGUAAAAGUGAAUCAUGUCCAAGUAACCAGUACUGUGGAAUCACCAACGGAGUUCCCGGGUGUUAUUUCUAUGUAUUUGGUAUAUGCAGAGUCCAUAAUGAUCCUCACUAUGACACAUUUGACAGACAGAACCACAAUUUCAUGGGUCUGUGCACCUACACUCUUGCCAAGCUCUGCAGCAACUCCUCUUCCCUCCCAUAUUUUAACGUUGAAGCAAAGAACGCACAUCGAGGAGACCCUUCUGUGUCUUUUGUGGAGAAAGUAUUCAUUGAGGUGUAUGAUCAGAAAGUACAAAUUUGGAGACAUGAGCAAAAUCGAGUUUUGGUCAAUGGGAUCUGGACAACGCUUCCAGUUAAUUUAGUUGAAGGAUUAGUGACAGUGACCUGGACUGGAAAAUAUGUUAGUCUUCAAACUGAUUUUAGACUAACUGUCUCAUAUGAUACGGAUAGUUCAGUGGAGGUGAAAGUACCCAGUACUUAUUCAAGCCUGACAUGCGGAAUGUGUGGCAACUUCAACAACCGCAAAUCAGAUGAGUACCUAAUGCCAAAUGGAGAACAAGCACCAAAUUCAGAAGUAUUAGGACACAGCUGGAUAGUAGAAGAUGAUGACCCACUUUGCCACCCCACAGAUCCUGAACCAACACCUCUACCUGUAUGUCCACCAGAAAAAGAAGAACUCUAUGCAAGUAAUGAAUUCUGUGGUCUCCUUACAAGCAAAGAUGGACCAUUCUAUAUAUGUAAUUCUGUGAUUAGUCCUGCAGGAUUCUUUGAGAGCUGUAUAUUUGACAUGUGUGCCCUUAAUGGAGACCAAGAUGUCUUAUGUAGUUUGCUAGGAGCCUAUGCUGAUGCUUGUCAGAAAGAAGGUGUUUCUCUUAAUUGGCGAAACAGUACAAUAUGUGUACCAAAGUGCCCAGCUAACAGCCAUUACAAUGUGUGUAUGAGUUCCUGUCCUGCCACAUGUCUGCAACCGCACGGUCCUGAAAACUGCAGCAGCCCAUGUUUGGAAGGUUGUGAAUGUGAUGAUGGAUAUGUCAUUAGCGGAGGAACCUGUGUUUCCAAAUCUAAUUGUGGUUGCUGGUACAAUGAAACAUAUUUUAACGAAGGAGAGAAAUUUUUGCAAGGAGAUUGUGAGAAUAGCUGUGAGUGCCUUGGAAACAACAAUGUUGUCUGCUCCCCAGUAUCUUGUGCUAAAGAUGAGAUUUGCAAAGUUCAGAAUGGAACAUUAGGCUGCUACCCACCAAGCACAGCAGUCUGUCACAUUUAUGGAGACCCUCAUUACACAACCUUUGAUGGCACUCUUCAUCACUUCCAAGGAUCCUGCACCUACACAGUUACUGAGACAUGUGAAGAUACUUCAAACAAUUUCACUAUCACAACACGAAAUGAGCAUAGAGGAAACCCAAGUUGGACAGCCAUUAAUUCUGUAGCACUCACUGUGGAUGGAACGCAUAUCUCACUACAAAAGAACAACAUUGUAUUUGUUAAUAAUGCCCAAGUUACUCUUCCAGUUAAUUUGUCUGGAAUAAACAUCAUACAGAGCGGUCGCUAUGUAGUAGUUACAACAGAUUUUGGCCUAGAGCUUCAAUUUGAUGGUGACCAUGAACUCUUUGUCAGAAUAAAAGAAAAUUACAAAGGAAAACUAUGUGGAUUAUGUGGGACAUACAACGAUGAUCGAAAGGAUGACUUUAUGACACCUGAUGGCAAUGUUGUACAAGAUGUCAACGAUUUUGGCAACAGUUGGAGAGUAGAAGAUAACGAAUGGCCAUGUGAUUCUACUCCUCCUCCUCCACCAACAUGUCCUCCAUCAUUAACUGAAGAGGCUGAAAAAAUGUGCUGGAUUAUAAAGCAGACUGAUGGUCCAUUCAGACCAUGCCAUUCAUACCUUCGUCCUCAUCUGUAUUUCGAAAGCUGUGUCUUUGACCAGUGUGCCACAGGAGGAAGCAUUGAACAGCUCUGCAAUGUCCUGGAGUCUUAUGCAGCAGCCUGUAAAGGUUUAGGAGUUUCUCUUGGAGACUGGAUAAAUAACACCAUAUGUGAUCCAAAUGCAACAACUCCACCAUCUGUUUCUUCAACUACCCAUCCAGAACCAAGUGUUUCGAAAACAACUAUUACUCCAUCUACAGCAAAAACUACAAUUACAGAUCCAGGUUCCAGCAGUUCUGUAUCAACUACCACAAAAACCUCUACAACAGGCACAACACCAAUACCACCGAGUUCGGGAUCCUGCGUUGUACAAGGUGAUCCUCAUUACCAAACCUUUGAUAACCAACUCCAUCAUUUUAUGGGAACUUGCACUUACACUUUAUCUAAAGUGUGUGGAGAUGAUGGACACCUGCCACCCUUCAAUGUGGAAGCAGCUAAUGAGCACAGGGGCAACACUAAAGUAUCAUAUGUCAAGUAUGUGAAUGUGGAUGUUCAUGGAUUCAGGAUCACUCUGGAUAAAGGCAGACAAGUUAUGGUGAAUGGAAAAAUAGAGGUACUACCGAUCAACCUGUCACCAGAUAUUAAAGUCUUUAUAAGUGGAAACAAUGUCCUGUUGACAACAGGCUUUGGACUACAAGUGGCAUUUGAUGGAAAUCAUAAAGUAGUGGUGACUAUUCCAGGCAACUAUUACAAUAAAGUAUGUGGACUUUGUGGCAAUUUCAAUGGAAAUAAGAAUGAUGACUUCCUCAACCCAGAAGGUGAAUUAGAGCCAAAUUCUACCAGCCUUGGAAACAGCUGGCAAGUUGAAAAUGAUACAAGAUGUUCUCCAGGAGAAGACCACACUCCAGAAUGCACAGACGAAGACAAAAACACAAUUGCUAGCAGCAGUUUCUGUGGACUUAUUACAGACAAUAACGGACCAUUCAGAGACUGUCAUAAUGUCAUCAAUCCAUCAAUUUAUUUUGAUACCUGUGUGUACGACCUUUGUGAAUUGAACAUGGAUCCAGGAUCUCUAUGUAACAGUCUCCAGUCCUAUGCAGAAGUCUGUCAGUCACAAGGAGUUACCAUAUACCCAUGGAGAAAUGAAACAUUCUGUCCUCUAAAAUGUCCUUCUAACAGUCAUUAUGACCAAUGUGGCACUGCUUGUCCCGCUACUUGUGUACCAGGAUCAUCAUCCAAUUGUAAUCUUCCUUGUGCUGAGGGAUGUUUCUGUAACGAUGGAUAUGUUCUGUAUGAUAAGAAGUGUGUUCCAAGUGAUCAAUGCGGAUGUUGGGAUGGAGAUAAAUAUUAUCCUGUGGGUACAGAAUUCUGGUCUGAUGACACCUGCUCUUCAAAAUGCACAUGUCCAUCACCAGGAAGUGGCUUAGUGUGUAAAAGUGAAUCGUGUCCAAGUAACCAGUACUGUGGAAUCACCAACGGAGUUCCUGGAUGUUAUUUCUAUGUAUUUGGUAUAUGCAGAGUCCAUAAUGAUCCUCACUAUGACACAUUUGACAGACAGAACCACAAUUUCAUGGGUCUGUGCACCUACACUCUUGCCAAGCUCUGCAGCAACUCCUCUUCCCUCCCAUAUUUUAACAUUGAAGCAAAGAACGCACAUCGAGGAGACCCUUCUGUGUCUUUUGUGGAGAAAGUAUUCAUUGAGGUGUAUGAUCAGAAAGUACAAAUUUGGAGACAUGAGCAAAAUCGAGUUUUGGUCAAUGGGAUCUGGACAACGCUUCCAGUUAAUUUAGUUGAAGGAUUAGUGACAGUGACCUGGACUGGAAAAUAUGUUAGUCUUCAAACUGAUUUCAGACUAACUGUCUCAUAUGAUACGGAUAGUUCAGUGGAGGUGAAAGUACCCAGUACUUAUUCAAGCCUGACAUGCGGAAUGUGUGGCAACUUCAACAACCGCAAAUCAGAUGAGUACCUAAUGCCAAAUGGAGUACAAGCGCCAAAUUCAGAAGUAUUAGGGCACAGCUGGAUAGUAGAAGAUGAUGACCCACUUUGUCAUCCCACAGAUCCUGAACCAACACCUGUACCUGCAUGUCCACCAGAAAAACAAGAACUAUUUGAAAGCAAGGAAUUCUGUGGUCUCCUUACAAGCAAAGAUGGACCAUUCUAUAUAUGUAAUUCUGUUAUUAAUCCUGCAGGAUUCUUUGAGAGCUGUAUCUUUGACAUGUGUGCCCUUGAUGGAGACCAAGAUGUCUUUUGUAGUUUGCUAGGAGCCUAUGCUGAUGCUUGUCAGAAAGAAGGUGUUUCUCUUAACUGGAGAAACAGUACAUUAUGCCAACCCAAAUGCCCAGCUAACAGUCAUUACAAUGUGUGUAUGAGUUCUUGUCCUGCCACAUGUCUGCAACCGCACGGUCCUGAAAACUGCAGCAGCCCAUGUUUGGAAGGUUGUGAAUGUGAUGAUGGAUAUGUCAUUAGUGGAGGAACCUGUGUUUCCAAAUCUAAUUGUGGUUGCUGGUACAAUGAAACAUAUUUUAACGAAGGAGAGAAAUUCUUGCAAGGAGAUUGUGAGAAUAGCUGUGAGUGCCACGGAAACAACAAUGUGGUCUGCUCUCCAGUAUCUUGUGCUAAAGAUGAGAUUUGCAAAGUUCAGAAUGGAACAUUAGGCUGCUACCCACCAAGCACAGCAGUCUGUCACAUUUAUGGAGACCCUCAUUACACAACCUUUGAUGGCACUCUUCAUCACUUCCAAGGAUCCUGCACCUACACAGUUACUGAGACAUGUGAAGAUACAUCAAACAAUUUCACUAUCACAACACGAAAUGAGCAUAGAGGAAACCCAAGUUGGACAGCCAUUAAUUCUGUAGCACUCACUGUGGAUGGAACACAUAUUUUACUAGAAAAGAACAACAUUGUAUUUGUUAAUAAUGCCCAAGUUACUCUUCCAGUUAAUUUGCCUGGAAUAAACAUCAUACAGAGUGGUCGCUAUGUAAUAGUUACAACAGAUUUUGGCCUAGAGCUUCAAUUUAAUGGUGACCAUGAACUCUUUGUCAGAAUAAAAGAAAAUUACAAAGGAAAACUAUGUGGAUUAUGUGGGACAUACAACGAUGAUCGAAAGGAUGACUUUAUGACACCUGAUGGCAAUGUUGUACAAGAUGUCAACGAUUUUGGCAACAGUUGGAGAGUAGAAGAUAACGAAUGGCCGUGUGAUUCUAUUACUCCUCCUACACCAACGUGCCCACCACUCCUAGAAGAAGAGGCUGAGAAAAUGUGCUGGAUUAUAAAACAGACUGAUGGCCCAUUCAGACCAUGCCAUUCAUACCUUCGUCCUCAUCUGUAUUUUGAGAGCUGCAUCUUUGAUCAGUGCGUUACUGGAGGAAGCAAGGAGCAGCUUUGCAAUGUGUUAGAAUCAUAUGCAGCAGCUUGUGAAGCUUUGGGAGUUUCACUGGGAGAUUGGAUAAGCAAAACUGUUUGUGAUCCAAAUGCAACAACUCCACCACCUGUUGCUACCACUACUCAUCCAGGUCCAAAUGUGACAACUCCACCGCCUCAUGCCACGACUACUCAUCCAGGUCCAGAUGUGACAACUCCACCGCCUCAUGCCACGACUACUCAUCCAGGUCCAGAUGUGACAACUCCACCGCCUCAUGCCACGACUACUCAUCCAGGUCCAGAUGUGACAACUCCACCGCCUCAUGCCACGACUACUCAUCCAGGUCCAGAUGUGACAACUCCACCGCCUCAUGCCACGACUACUCAUCCAGGUCCAGAUGUGACAACUCCACCGCCUCAUGCCACGACUACUCAUCCAGGUCCAGAUGUGACAACUCCACCGCCACAUGCCACGACUACUCAUCCAGGUCCAGAUGUGACAACUCCACCGCCUCAUGCCACGACUACUCAUCCAGGUCCAGUUGUGACAACUCCACCACCUCAUGCCACGACUACUCAUCCAGCUCCAGAUGUGACAACUCCAUCACCUGUUGCUACUACUACUCAUCCAGCAGCAACCAGAGCAACUACAACACCACCCAAACUAGAGCAUGGCAUCUGCAGUGCGUCUGGAGACCCUCACUACAAUACAUUUGAUAAUAACGUUCAUCAUUACAUGGGGAACUGCAGCUACACUUUGUCUAAACUCUGCAAUGGAUCACAUACAGACUUGCCAUAUUUCCACGUCUACACAACCAAUGAACACAGAAAGUCCAACACUAAAGUGUCGUAUGUCCAGUCUGUGCACGUAGAAAUUUAUAAUAAUACAAUUGACUUGCUGAAGAAUAAGAAAUUAAAUAUUAAUGGAAUAAGAAGAAACGUGCCAAUAACCAGUGACAGCAGAUAUAGAGUCUACAUCAGUGGGAACUAUCUGCUUGUAGAGACAGAUUUUGGAUUACGGGUUAAGUUUGAUGGCAAUCACUAUGUCGAUGUCUAUUUGCCCUCAGACUACAAGGGACAAGUCUGUGGAUUAUGUGGAAACUAUAACGGCUUACCAACUGAUGACUUUAUUAAGCCUGAUGGUAGUUUGGCAAUAAAUUCCAAAGAAUUAGGAGACAGCUGGAUCGUUUCAGAAGACACUGCUUCAUGUGGUAGUCAGGACACUGGCAGUUGCGAACCUUCACUUGAAGAAGAAUAUUCCAAAAUUACAUAUUGUGGAAUUUUAACUGAUCCAACAGGAAUCUUCAAAGAGUGUCAUAGUUUGGUAGAUGUAGGUAACUUCUUUGAAAGCUGCAAACAGGACAUGUGUUUUACUGGCGGUGAAUCGACCUCUCUUUGCUACGCUGUGCAGGCGUAUGCCCAAAAGUGCUCAGAAGCUGGAGUCUGCAUUGAAUGGCGGUCAGAAACAUUCUGUCCAAUAUCAUGUCCUGGAAGUAGUCACUACAAGAACUGUGGCUCAGAAUGUCCUACGACUUGUCAUAAUUCUUCAUCGCCGACACUGUGCAAGUCCAUGUCAGUAGAGGGCUGCUUCUGUGAUGCAGGCUUUGUUCUCAGCGGAGAUAGAUGUGUUUCAGAGGCUGACUGUGGGUGUAUGGAUACACAAAACAACUUUUAUGAGCUUGGUGAAAGUUGGUACACACAUGAAAACUGCACAGAACGCUGUACCUGCAGCAAAAGUAAUACCAUCACUUGUGCACCAUGGGAGUGUGGUAUCCUACAGACAUGUAUAAAUGAUAAUGGCGUUAUAGGAUGCCAUUCCUCUGGAAAAGGGGCUUGCCAUAUAUCAGGGGACCCGCAUUUCUUCACUUUUGACAAAGUAAUGCAUACUUUCAUGGGCACUUGUACAUAUAUCUUAGUUACACUCUGUGACAACAGAAAUGUUGUCCCUGUGACAGUCAGUGGGAAAACUGAAGACCGCGGACAACGAGCUGCAACAUAUCUGAAAGAAGUUUACAUUGAUGUUUAUGACAUACGUAUAACACUGCAGAAAGGAAAGCGGAUACUCGUGGAUAAUGAACAAAUCAAUUCACCUUGGGUUGGACAUGUCAAAGGAAUUUCCAUUCAAACUGUGGGUCUUUAUGUUGUUGUCGAAACUGACUUUGGAAUGAUAGCCAAGUUUGAUGGGGAUCAUCACCUUGAAAUCAUCCUCCCAGAUUCUUACUAUAAUAAGGUGUGUGGCAUGUGCGGUAAUUUCAAUGUCGAAGACACUGAUGAAUUACUUAUGCAAAACGGUCUUCAAGCAAACAAUGUAACUCAGUUUGGAAACAGCUGGAAAUCAAUCAAAGACAGUGAUGCAAAUUGUGUGGAUGAUGAUAGAAAUGAUUUAAAUCCUCAAUGUGUAGCUGCCCAGAAACCAGCAAUAGAAACUCAGUGUAAAGUGCUGCUCUCGGAUACUUUUAAAGCAUGUCAUGGAAUUGUUGACCCAAACCUGUUUGUCCAGAGCUGCAUCUAUGACAUGUGCAGAUAUAAUGGCAUGGUUUCUACACUCUGUGCCAUAUUCCAAGCUUACGUUGAUGCCUGCAGAUCUGAAGGUGUUAACAUUAAAUGGAGAAGUUCCUCCCUUUGUCCACUGGCAUGUCCAACUCACAGUCAUUAUACGGAGUGUGUUUCUCUUUGCCCACCUACUUGCAAUGACAUCUAUGCAUCUGCUGUGUGUGAUAAACCAAACAAAUGUGUGGAAGGCUGUGUUUGCAAUGAUGGCUAUGUUCUUAGUGAUGACAAAUGUGUCCCACUGAAGUCAUGUGGAUGCAGAGAUACCAACGACAAAUACUACAGUGUUGACGAAAGCUGGAUUAAACCACACUGUGCAGAAAAAUGCCAGUGUACCAAGGGCAACAAGAUCAUAUGCAAGUCAUUCAGUUGCCCACAUGGCAUUUGUGCUCUUAACAGCCAAGGCAAAUAUAAUUGUAAACCAUCUGGUUUUGCCAAGUGUACUAUUUCUGGGGAUCCCCAUUACCGGACAUUUGAUGGCCUGACUCAUCAUUUCCAAGGCAAGGAAACUUACAUGCUGGUACAAACUUCCUCUACAAUGCCCGACUACAUGGAACCAUUUAAGAUCGAAGGCAAAAAUGUGCCUAUGACCAAAUUUAGUCCAUUCACUUUAUUAAAGGAGCUCCGCAUUGAAGUUUACAAUCAGGUCAUACUGUUCACAGAAAACAAGAAACUAGUGGUAAAUGGUGUAAAGACGGUUCCACCCUCUCAGCCCCAUGAUGGCAUAAAGAUAUACCAAAAACCAUCAAGAAUAUAUUUGGAAACUGAUUUUGGGCUUUCUGUCAGUUUUGAUGGCGCAGAAAAUGGAGAGAUUACCGUUCCAAGCACUUACAGGGAUGUAUUACAGGGGCUUUGCGGAAACUAUGAUGGAAUAAAUUCUAAUGAUUUUACACUUCCUGGUGGUACCACUGUUAGAGAUGUGAAUUCGUUUGGUAACAGUUGGAAUGUUAAGUUAUUGAAGACAAGAAUCAGACGAGAGGCAGAAACAUCAAAGCUUAAUGAAGCUGAAGAACCAUUAGACACAGGUGACAAUCUGGUCUGCUCUGCCUCACAGCUCACAUUUGUAAACAGUACUUCAUUCUGUGGGACUCUUAGAGACACGGAGGGUCCAUUCAAAAACUGUCUUCAAAGUAUUUCAUCUGCUCCUUUUAUAGAGAAUUGUCUAUUUGACACAUGUGCAGAAUUCAGAAGUACUGAUUUACUUUGCAUCAAUCUUGAGCAGUAUGCAAUCGCCUGUCUACAAAAUGGAACCAAUAUUGAUGGAUGGAGAAAUACCACUGGAUGUGAAAGAACAUGCUCAUCUAAUAGUCAAUACAAGGACAGAAUGUCAUCCUGUCCUGCAUCCUGCAGUAAUUUGGCAUCAGAAUCAGAAUGCGAGGAUGCUGACACUGAAGGUUGUGAAUGUGAAGAUGGAUAUGUUUUGAGUGGAUAUGAAUGUGUACCCUUCAAGGAUUGUGGAUGCACAUAUCUCAACAAUUACUACCCGAUUGGAGAAGUCUUCCUAACUGAAGAUUGUUCCCAAAACUGCACUUGCUCAGAGGGUUCAUAUGUAAACUGUGUGGAUAAUGAAUGUAAAGAUGGAGAAGUUUGUACAACCUCAAAUCAAACUCUUGGAUGCUAUUUACCCAGUCCAUGUCUAGAAAACCCUUGUGAGAAUGGAGGAACCUGCGUAGUAGUAGAAGAACUUAACUCUACUGUUGCUGUUUGCCACUGCCCUAAAACAUACAUUGGGGAAUUAUGCGAAAAUGCGGUAGACGACUACAAUGAAUCAGUUAUCUACAUCGUUAUUGGUGUUGUGCUUGGAAUAUUUGCCAUCAGCUGUCUGAUUAUUCUUGCGGCAAGUCUUUACUUCAGAAGCAGUAAAAAGAAGAAAGGGAUCAUUGAUUCCCUAGACUCCAGUGAAGGUGGAAGAAGUAGUUAUAGAAGCACUUCUGAGAGCCAAGGAGUCACAGGUCCAGGAAAUGUAUUUAAUCUUAAAUAUGAGGAGGCUCCAAGUAUUAAUAAUGCAGAUAUUAAUGUCAAUAUCAGGACAGUUGAUAAUGACAAAGCUGUGGACAAUGCAGAUGAAACAUCAGGAGAUCUGGUUGAGCUUGUGGUACUGGACAAGGAUACAAGUGCUAACAAUGGUUUUGAAAAUAUAUAUGUGGAAACACUGUCUGAAGGGUUGGGUGGGGUGAGUAAUCCUGCAUUUGAACCAGAUGUUACUGAUAGCAAUUUUUAUGAAAAUGUAAAUGUAAAGACUGAAGAAUCUACAAAUGCAAACAAUUCAGAAGACACAGAUAAGGAGAACCCUAAAGAAAAUGAAGAUAAGAAGCAGCCAGUUGCUGAAGUAGAAACAAAAUCUGAAGAGUCAACUGGUGUGAGCAACCCAGCAUUUGAACCAGAUAUCACUGAGAGCAAUGAUGUUAAAGAAGAGAAUGCAAAUGUCAAGAACGAGGAAGUCUCCAAUGCAAACAAACCUGAAGACCCAAAAGCAGAGAUGCCUGCAGUAACUACAGAUGAAAACAAACUAGUAGACAAUGAUAGAAAAGACGAAAUCUCCUUAAAUGAGAAAAGCAAAGAAGACAAAAAUGCGGAGGUGACUGAAAAUGACCCGACUGGUGAAUCAACGCAACUGUAAUCACUCAUUAUUUAAUAAACAAGAAUUAUUUUAAAUUUGUUUCUUUUGAAGCAUACUGUGUAACUAUUUUGUUGCAUUGUUUAUGUCUGUCUGCUUUCUAAAUUAAUAGUUAAAACAAGGAGUUUUAUAUUGCUAUAGAUGGAAUAUCACAAAUAUAUAAAGUUAUCACCUUCAUGUUCAACUGUAUUAUAAGAUUUGUAAAAAAUUAUAAAAUGUUAUAAAUUUUAAAGACGCUAUAUAAAUAAAAGAGCAUAUAUUCAUUUUAAUUUUGCAA